AUGGCAGAAGUAGAACAAAAGGAACGAGAGAUAAAAAAUGCACCUAGCUUUUUAAAAGCAAACAUCUGGGAACAUUUUGGCUUUUAUGAAAAAAGUGGGAAGCACGAAUUGGACAAGUCAUACGCUGUGUGUAAAAUCUGUCACACAAAAAUUAAAUAUCUAGGGAAUACUACUAAUCUGAGAAACCACGUCAGCCGUUUUCACCCAGAAAUGCUAAAACCUACCACCACCACCACCAAGGAAAUGAACCCAGAUCAGCCAAGAAUUGAUGCAAUGUUACAGUCAACUUUGCCGCCCAACUCUGAAAAGGUAAAGAGAAUAACAAAAGCUGUGGCAGCUUUCAUAGCGAAGGACCUGCGCCCUUACUCUGUUGUGGAAAACAGUGGGUUUCGCUACCUUUUGAAGACGAUAGAGCCGCGUUACAAGAUCCCGUCACGAAGUCACUUUACAGAAAACGUCAUACCUGCACUCUACCACGAAACCAAAGCUAAGAUAAUUGCAUCAAUGAGCCAAGCAAGUCGAGUCGCAAUAACGUGUGAUUCCUGGACUUCAGUCACGACAGAGUCUUAUGUUACAAUAACAGCACAUUACGUUAGUAAGGACUGGCAGAUUUUGUCGCAUGUACUGCAAACGAGAGCCAUUUAUGAGUCUCACACGGGUGCUCAUCUGGCAGAGCUACUUUCUCAUGUUGUGGAAGAAUGGCAGCUGUCCGAUAAAUCUGUAGUGCUUGUGACCGACAACGCGUCAAACAUGAUAGUUGCAGCUCAAGUUGGAAAAUUCCCCCAUGUGAAAUGCUUCGCCCAUACACUGAAUCUUGCAUCCCAGCGAGCGUUGAAAGUGGCCACUCUCUCUAGGCUUCUUGGCAGAGUACGUCGGAUAUCCACAUUCUUUCACCGCAGCACUAGAGCAAGCCACUGUCUAAAAGAGAAACAGAAAUGUCUUGGCCUGAAGAAUCAUAAGCUGAUAACUGAUGUGGCAACAAGAUGGAACAGUGCAUACGACAUGGUCGAGAGGUUCUUGGAACAACAACCUGCAGUCUGUGCCACCUUGCUGUCUCCAGAAGUCAGAAGAGGAGAGUCCGAUCUCUGCACUCUAAACGAAACAGAUGUGUCAAAUGCAGAGGACGCCGUGAGUGCAUUAAAGCCAAUGAAGGAUGCAACCAUGCUGAUGUCAGAAGAGCGCAAUCCAACAGUUUCUCUCAUUGCCCCUAUAAAUGCACAACUUCUCCAGAGCAUGACAGACACGAUGGGAGACACACCCAUGAUCCAUGAGAUCAAGAAUUCUAUUAGAACAGAUCUCCAGAAGAGGUACAGCAGUGAGGCCGAGAAGAAGAUCCUUCAUACAGCCUCUGCACUGGAUCCUCGCUUUAAGGGACUGCCUUUCAUCCUCACAGAUGAAGAAAGAUUGGAGAUAUUUAAAGGAGUCACUGAGGAAGCUGCAUCCUUGGAGAUUACAUCAGAUGAGAGUGAGAGGACACAAGAGGAUCAUCAAGUGCCUAGAAGAAAACGAACUCUGGAAGAAGAGGACAGUUCACCCAUCGAAGACAACCAUUCUCCAUCUCCACCAUCUCCUCCCAAAAAGGCCAGAUCGCUGCUCGUGAGUUUGCUGGGACAGUCUUUCACUGACACUGAAGGUACAAUAGAACCCAAAAAGACCCCCUAUGCCAAGGCUGAAGAGGAAAUGGAAAACUAUUGUAAAGCCCCACCUCUGCCUCUCACUGAGGACCCUUUGAACUGGUGGCGUGAGCAUGAGGUCAUAUUUCCCCUCCUUUCUCGGCUGUCAAAGCAAUACUUGUGUAUCCCAGGUACAAGCGUGUCUGCAGAGCGGGUUUUCUCCACUGCAGGAGAUGUGGUAACUGCAAAAAGAAGCGCCCUCAAACCAUCUUUUAGCAGCACUGGAGUCACUGGAGUGGAGUGGAGAGGAGAUGGAGAAUGGUUUUCUAUUAUGCGACUGGGUUUAACCUUCAACCAAAAGAAUUCUGUAUUUAAUUCCAGACAACUGACGCCCGCCAAGCCACCAGAGGAAGGCAAAUCCUUGAAAGAAUAA